UAGCAUUGUGGAAGAAAAUAGUCAGUUUUCUCACAGCACAUUUCUAGCUUCAUUGCCUAGCACUGGUUAUUACCCCUCAGUCUGAGAACUUAUAUGAAGAUUGCUGUACUGAAAAUAAAGUAUGCUUUUUGCAGUAGUGAUAAUGGGCCACUUGCCUUUUAACGAAUUGCAAAAGCGCCAAGAAGGCUAAGGACACAGUAUCAGAUGAGUCUGCUAAACCCUGUUGACUAGGAAACAGCACAGAGCAACUAUUGCAUGCAGAAAGCUAGAGAAAUGGAAAAGCCUGAUUGCUAAAAUCGGGGAAAGAUUAAUACAUUAUCAAUUUACAUUCUCCGAAACAUAAAAACGUUUUAAUAAAGCAGUGACAUUUGUGUUGUUUGUACUAUACUGGAACAAGAUAAUAAAAAAGAACAAUGAACUGUUCUGCUUGGUUGCCCAUGCUAAUUGCAUUUUCUAUGAUGGGCUGCUGUGUAACAAAUGAAACAAGAACAAAGCUCUGCUUAAAAACCCCAAGUCUCAACAAAGAACAAUAUAUUUCUCAUCGUCGCCUACGUCGUGGCUGGAUAUGGAAACAAUUCUUUGUUCCUGAAGAAGACCCAGCUCCACGUACUAUUGGGCAGCUAAAAUCAGAUUAUGACAAAGUUAACUUUUCUAUAAAGUACAUUCUUUCUGGAGAAGGUGCUGGAGAUGUCUUUAGAAUUGAUGAAGAUACUGGUGAAAUUUACACAAUGAAGAAGCUAGACCGAGAGAAGAAAUCCUCCUACAUAUUGCGAGCACAAGCCAUUGAUAGGUUAUCAAUGCAGCCUGUAGAACCAGAGUCUGAAUUCAUUAUCAAAGUUCAAGACAUCAAUGACAAUGUGCCAGAGUUCCAAAAUGAACCCUAUGUUGCUACAAUUGCUGAAAUGUGUCCAACUGGGACCACAGUCAUACAAGUGACAGCCACAGAUGCUGAUGAUCCUUCUUAUGGGAACAAUGCCAGAUUAAUCUAUAGCAUCCUGCAGGGACAGCCCUACUUCUCUGUGGAACCAACAACAGGUACAAUUGUUACUUCUUGGCCUGAUAUGGACAGAGAAGCCAAAGAGCAGCAUUUGGUGAUUGUACAAGUGAAAGACAUGAUGGGCCUGAGAGGAGGAUUUUCUGCAACAACCACAGUAACCAUUAAUUUGUCUGAUGUAAAUGACAAUGGGCCUAAAUUUCAGCACAAGUUCUACUCCUUUCCCAUACCUGAGUCAGCACCAGUGGGAACCAUAAUUGGUAGAAUCAUGGCUGAAGACAGGGAUGUGGGCCUAAAUGGCAUGAUGAACUACACAAUCGAGGAGACAGAUAGCACAGGUGUGUUUGAGAUUCUGACUGACCCCAACACUCAAGAGGGAGUGAUUAUACUUCAAAAGGCCUUAGAUUAUGAAAAUAGAAGACGGUUCACCAUAUCUGUGGAGGCAAUCAAUGCCUACAUCGAUAUUCGGUUUCUCACCUUCAACCAAUUCAGAGACAAAACCACUGUGAAGGUAACUGUUGAAAAUGUGGAUGAGCCUCCUCUAUUUUUUCCUCAUGAGUAUUAUUGGGAAAUCCUGGAAAAUACAGCUGUUGGAACAGCCAUUGGCAGAGUGAAUGCAUACGACAGAGAUGCAGCCAAUAAUCCUGUUAGGUAUUACUUUGAUGAAAGAACAAACAUGAACAAAAUGUUCAGUAUUGAUCAAUAUAAUGGAACCAUUACCAUUGCAAAACCCUUGGAUCGGGAGACAGCUCAUUGGCACAAUUUAACUGUUUCUGCCAGAGAGACACGAGAAAAUUAUUUAUUUUCUAAAGCGCAGAUAACCAUACAGGUUAUGGAUGUUAAUGAUAAUGCCCCACAAUUCUCCAAACAGUAUACACCUUAUGUAUGUGAAGGAACACAAUCGGGAGAGGUAAGCAUUUUUCAUUCGCAUACGUUUAAGAUGAUGCAAAAUAACACUGCUGGGGUUCUAACGAGAAGAAGCAGUUUUAGCAGAAAGGACAGGGCAUAUUAUUACCUGCCUAUCGUUAUUGUUGACAAUGGCACCCCAGCACUCACUAGCACCACAACCCUCACAAUCGAAGUAUGCAGCUGCUACCCAGAUGGCAAUUGCCGAUCUAAUGGUGUGGAGGCUUUUGCCCUGUCCAUUGGCCUUAGCAUUGAGACCCUAAUUGCAAUUUCAUCAUGUCUGCUGAUUAUAGUAGUCCUUUCACUACUAAUACUGGCAGUGAAGAGACAUAAGAAGAAGCAGCUUGGUGACGAGAAAUGGGAGGAAGUGGCAGAGAAUGUUGUAUGUUACAAUGAGAAGGGAUAUGGGGAAGAGGAUACCCAUGCCAUUGUCCCAGUCAUUCUGAGAUCCAACCCAAAGCAGAGGAAUCGGAGAACUCAUAAAGAAGAAGUGGCUGCAAGCAUCCGUAUGUCUCUGAGGCAGUCCUUUCUAAUUGGACCUGAGGAUGAAGUCUUCAGGCAGUUUAUUUUGGAGAGGCUGUUUGAGGCUGACACUGAUCCUUACGCUCCUCCUUUUGAUUACUUGCACACAUUUGCCUAUGAAGGGACAGGCUCAGCAGCUGGGUCACUAAGUUCUCUUGGUUCAUGGCCUUCUGAACAGAAUUAUGAUUACAUCUGUGACUCUGGACCAUGUUUCAAAAGACUUGCUUAUUUGUAUGUUGGUGGUCAUGAGGAAACAGACCUGUAGGCCAAAAUAAUACCUAAGGUCAAUUCAUAUAUAAAGAAUAUGGACAUUUCCUUCUUAUUGGUGACAUUUAGAAUCAUUUUGAAAGAAUAGAUG